ACAAUUGCCUGUCCCGCCUAUGGUCAGGCCACCAACCCUGCCUACAAGUAAUCAAAAGCACUCUUUAAGAGUAAAUUACUUCUUCCUCAUCUCACUUAUUUUUGUUUUUAGUCAUGGAGUUUUCAUGGCGGCUUUAUCAUCUCCAUGUGUUUGAGCUGUGUGUUUCAAUUUUGAUGGUUGUGUCAUGCAAAUGCAAUCCCAUAUCUAUGAAAGGAAGCACAGCAGCUUCAUCCCCAUUCCCAUCCGACUUCCUCUUUGGAACUGCAUCUUCUUCUUAUCAGUUUGAAGGGGCUUUUCUGACUGAUGGCAAAGGCCUGAACAAUUGGGAUGUUUUUACUCAUGAUAAACCUGGCAGUAUCAUGGAUGGAAGUAAUGGAGAUAUUGCCGUUGACCAGUACCACCGUUAUCCGGAAGAUCUGCAUCUCAUGAAAGAUAUGGGAGUCAAUGCCUAUCGUUUCUCUAUAUCAUGGGCGAGAAUUUUACCCCAAGGAAGAUUUGGGAACAUAAGUCAAACUGGCGUUGAGCAUUAUAACAAGUUCAUUCAUGCUCUUUUGAAUUUAGGGAUUCAGCCCUUUGUGACUUUGACUCACUAUGACAUCCCUCAGGAACUUGAAGAAAGAUAUGGAGCAUGGCUAAGUCCUGGAGUGCAGGAGGAUUUCAAACACUAUGCAGACAUAUGCUUUAAAUCAUUUGGAGACCGAGUAAGGUACUGGGCCACCUUUAACGAGCCCAAUGUUGUAGCAAUUCAUGGUUAUAGGUUGGGGAUUUAUCCACCAUUGCGUUGCUCUGGCCUAUAUGGGAAUUGUAGUAGUGGAGAUUCUGAGACCGAGCCUUUUAUUGCAGCUCACAACAUGAUCCUAUCCCAUGCAGCUGCAGUGGAUAUCUAUCGGACCAAAUAUCAGAAAACACAAAGAGGAAGCAUCGGAAUUGUCAUGAAUGCUAUUUGGUAUGAACCAAUCAGCAACUCCUUAGAAGACAAAUUAGCAGCUGAGAGGGCUCAGUCUUUCUUUAUGAACUGGUUCCUAGACCCAAUCAUACACGGAAAAUAUCCUAAAGAAGUCCAAGAAAUUAUAGGAAAUGACCUGCCUGUAUUUACAGAAUAUGAUUUAGAGAAGCUGAAGAGUGGAUUGGAUUUCAUUGGCAUAAAUCACUAUACAAGUUUUUAUGCAAAGGACUGUAUAUUUUCUACAUGUGAAGGAACAGGAGCUUCUAAGACAGAAGGUUUUGUUUCACGGACAGCAAAAAAAGAUGGAAUCUACAUCGGAGAACCGACUGAAGUUGAUUGGUUAUAUGUUUAUCCCCCAGGAUUGGAAAAAACAGUAACAUACAUAAAAGAGCGAUACAACAACACACCAAUGUUCAUUACUGAAAAUGGGUAUGGUCAGAUGGAAAAAUCAAAUUCCACCAAUGACGAUUUUCUGAAUGAUUUCAAAAGGGUGGAUUACAUGAGGCGCUACCUAAAGGCUCUAGCAACUACAAUAAGAAAAGGAGCAGAUGUAAGAGGCUAUUUUGCAUGGUCAUUGCUUGACAACUUCGAGUGGUUAUAUGGGUACACCACCAGAUUUGGACUUUUCCAUGUCGAUUAUGCCAACCUCAACAGGACUCCAAAACUAUCAGCUGCUUGGUUCAGACACUUCCUUGCUAAGCACAAGGCCAAAAGUUUCACUGCCAGGGCAUAAUUAACAUUCUACACACAUAUACCGCACAUCCAAAACGUUCCUAAUUAAAUACUAAACUUGGAAUUUCAUAAACUUGUAUCAUGCCUUUAAACCGCAAAGAUAGGAUGUUACUGUGACCAGUAAUGCCAUUGUGGAACAAAGUUUACAUAUGGUUGUGAUUGAGUUAGUUUCUUUUCCCUU